UUAGACGCAGCGCUGUGGACGCAGAUGUGUUCACGGUUCAACACAUGUAACAUCACCGGCUCUCUGUGCGCAUCGGGCUUCAUUUUCAUCAUUAUACUGUGAGCGGACCUGACCGAAACCGAGGCCAUCACUUUCCAAGACAACUCCCUGGAUAAAACCGUUUCAGGAAGCGCGAGCCUCCGAGGAAUCUAACGGUUGUUAGCAUAGCUAGCAUAGCUGGUGAACUUUACCCACCUCUGCUCGAAGCUCCAACUUUGUCCGGUUCUAGCGAGCUAACCAGGCGAGUGAAGCUAACGUCGUAGUUGAACACAGGGGCGGACCCUGAACUCUACAAGGGCAAGAUUUCAGCCUCAGCUAGCUGUCAAAGCGGUGCGUUAGCCGGCACAGUGGUUCUGGCUGAUUAGCCGGUCUGACUUCCCUGUGUCGUUCGAGGUCAUUCUGUAGCGUAGAUAGCCAGCUGUUAUCGGGAUACCAGUCAUGAAGAGCCUCCCGUACUUCUGCCGGGGAGAGGUCAUUCGUGGCUUUGGGAGAGGAAGCAAAGAACUCGGUAUUCCCACAGCCAACUUUUCAGACUCAGUGGUGGACCAUCUUCCAGCAGAUGUUGCCACAGGGAUCUACUAUGGCUGGGCCUGUGUUGGUAAUGGCAAUGUGUACAAAAUGGUGAUGAGCAUUGGGUGGAACCCUUACUACAAAAAUACCAAGAAAUCCAUGGAGACUCAUGUGAUUCACACUUUCAAAGAGGACUUUUAUGGAGAUAUUCUCAGUGUUGUCAUGGUGGGAUACAUCCGUCCAGAGAGAACCUACGACUCACUUGAAGCCCUCAUUGCGGCAAUCAACAGUGACAUUGAGGAGGCCAAACUGAAGCUGGAGCUCCCAGAGCAUCUCAAACUAAAAGAAGACAACUUCUUCACCAGCACAGCCAGCUCGUCUUCAGUCUUGCCCUCCACCACUGCAUCCACGUCACAGACUAUUAUGAACGGUCACUGACAGCUGGCUGGGACAGCAGCACUUUGUGCAUACACUCACAAAGACCAGAGCAACACAGAGGUUUCUAUGUACAUACAGGUCUGUGUAAAUGCACAGCCUCAUUCUGACAUCUCUCAGCUGUCGCUAUAGCUGCACAUGGAUAUGAUCAUAAACAACCAAUCAUGUUUGUUGCAUUUUUCUUAUACUUUGUCACUGUUUCUGUGUUAAAGAGCUCUUUAGCUUUCCGUAUGGUUUUGUUGCAGCGAGUCACUGAAUAUGUUUAUUUGUAUAUAUUCACACCAGAUUGCCUCUGUGGGUCACACUGGUCUUGUUGUAUAUUUGGAUUCUUUUAUAAGAGAAGGCACUGAAAAAAAUCAUCUUGAGAUGAGGGUGACUACAAAUACAGGCAGUUUUGCAAUAAGCUGUAUAUAAAAUAUCAACUUAAGACCAUAAACUCAAACCUGUUAACACAACCUAGCCAGAGUUAAUAAUAUGUGACUUAUCUAAGUUUUUUGUGCUGAGAUUUGUUUCUGCCUCAGAUGGUUGAGGAGGAGGUUUGGGCAUUAUUAUCUGUAACAAAAAGACAGCUCACACGGUUAGACAACGUUAUGCAACAGUGUGACUAAAUGCAAGGCGGCUGUGAAAACGGUAGUUGAAGAAUGAAAUUCUGUACAUUUACUGGUAUUCAAGUUCCUCCUGGUUGUCUCUCUUCACUUCCCUCUUUAGAAAGUCUCUCCCUUUCAUUGUGACACACUCUGUUUAUCACUGCCCUGAAGUGUAUGAAACUUAUACAGUGGUUUUGUACACACAGAAAAAAUUAGUAACCUCCAAAAACAUAUUUUAAGCAAAGGCCUUUUAAAUAAUUUCAGCAUAAUUAUCCUCCGGACUUAACAGUCUUGUAUGUUUUCCUUUUAUCCAAUUUGGUGAAUCGAUAGAGAGUUGUAAAUUAUCUUAAGGUAGAGAGUUGUAAAUUAUCUCAAGGAAUCUAUCGCUGAAUUGGCGACUAAGUUCUUAUGCACACUGGAUAAGUUUUUGUUUUUUCUGUGACCUUGCCAGUCUCUAUGGGGUUUGUUACAGAUAGUAUAGCGUUGACAGGUGAAUUGAAGACAAACAAAAGCUCACAGCUCCUGUUCUGUUCCCCUGUGUUUGCAGACGUUAGCAGUCUUUAAAGUGCAUCAACACUAAUGUAUACCAUUAGGUUUAAAACAAAUCUGAGCAGGAAAAUUCUACAAUACACCUAAUUUUCUUUAUUUUUAUGUGGAAUAUUUUUUAUUCUUUAAGAAUGUUAACAGAUAUAUUCCAAAUCCCCGAAAGAGGAGUAUCUCUCCAUAGAGUUUGUGCCUGUUAUGCUUUUACAAGAAGAAUGACAUGAAACAUAAACCUACAAGUGUCUGCAAUUAUUUGAACUGUAAAAAUCUUUCUAAAAGAAGAAAUAUGUGAUUUUUUUCAUUUAAACCUGUUUUGUAUUGCAUUAUUUUGGUUCAUUAAAGUGCUAUUUAGGGAGUAAAAGAUAUGACUGCAUUUUAUGAAUGCUGACAGUUAUCAUGCAGCAGUAGCCAUGAUCUAUUCACAAGAAACAUUUACCUGUUUUUGCCUGUACCUUUGUAUUCUCAGUCUGGUAGUUUAACAUAUUUAAUUUGAAUUGUUUUCUUUACUUAAAGGGACUGAAGUAACUAAAUGCGCUGCUUCGUCAAACCUGUCAAAGAUUAAGAGGGAAGUGUCAUUAUACCUUUAAACACACUGUUGUAGGGUUAAAUGUAUUUCAGUCUCAUUCGUUGCAGUUAUUUAUUCUAGUUUACAGAGGGACCAGGGUUACAGCAUGUAGAGGCUGAAGGUUCAACACUUUUGUGUUUUCAUUUCUGUGUUUUGUAUAAUUUAAAUCAAAUAAAUAAUCUGAUCAAAUAAA